CUAUUUCAGAGAACCCAUCUUGGGUUUUCUUUGUUUUUCCUGUUCAGUCUAUUCCUCUCUCUCUGUGAAUUGAGAUUUCAGCUUGCUGAAUUUUUGUGUUUUUUGUGUUCUUUCUUUUGGGGGGUGGGGGGGUUUUCAAGCAAUGAAGGGAGUGAAGGGAAAGCUAUUGAAGAAGCUCAAGACGAUCAAGCCCAUCGGGUAUCUGAAGCAGGACAGGAUUCUUCAUCUGAACGCUGCAGAUGGGUACGUCGAGACAUUCUUGAAGAAUCCGAUCAUGAAGGCUCAAACCAUGUUGUUUCCGAAAGAUAAUCCCGAUCGGAGCCACAACUAUCAGGGCAGUGUCCGGGAGGCGCAAGAACCGGAGGUUAUUGACGUCACGGAGCUGAUGAAGGAUCUUGAAGAUGCCGAAAUUGGGUUUGAUGACGAUUUGGAGAACAAGGAGAACAUUGGUCCGAAUGUCAAUGUGGAAAGCGCACUUCUUGGCAAAGAGAACUGUGAGAAUAUGCUUAUGAAGUCAGAGCUGGAAUCGUCUCCAGAUGAGGCUUCGAGAUUGUCUCAAACAGAGGAGCUACCCAGAAACAGCUUGAAGACCCCGUUAUCAGAAAUUGAUGUUUCGAAUUUUAGGCGGCCAGAUUUGAAUUCGUCGAGUCUUUUCGAUCCUAACCUGCUCGUGGCAUUUGAGCAAGCGGUGAAGGAGCAGAUCAGGAUCAGCCAAGAAGUGAUGAGACCCAGAAUUGAGGCAGAGCCAGAUGAUUUAGGGAAAAGUUCUGACGAGCCCCCUUCCAAAACUCGUCGAAUCGAGGAGGACAAUGAGGAUGCUGAUCCACUGUUGGCAUUUGAAGAGAAGUGCCCACCUGGAGGCUGCGAUUCGGUAAUCUUCUACACAACCAGCCUUAGAGGCAUAAGAAAGACAUUUGAAGACUGCGGCAAGAUUCGUUUUCUUCUGAACAGCUUCCGCAUCCUGUACCACGAGAGAGACGUGUCGAUGCACACCGAGUUUAAGGAAGAAUUGUGGGACAUCUUGGGCGGGAAGGCGGUUCCACCGAGGGUGUUCAUUAAGGGGAGGUACAUCGGUGGAGCUGAACGUGUGUUGGGGUUGCAUGAGCAAGGAAAGCUCAAGAAGCUUCUUGAGGGAGUCCCAAUUGAUAGGUCUACUGGUCCAUGUGAAGGCUGCGGUGGUAUGAAAUUCGUGGUGUGUUUCAAAUGCAAUGGCAGCCACAAGCUCGUUGGCGAAGACUCGUCGGCGACUGAAUGCUUGGAGUGCAACGAGAAUGGCUUGAUUAUUUGCCCACUUUGCUGUUGAGAGAAUUCAUCUCAGUUUCUGAUCAUUCUUUCCCUUGUGUGGUCCUCAAUUACAUGUUUCAUUGUAAAGCUCCUAUAAAAAAAACAUCAGUGCGGUGCUCUUUUUCCCGUGAGUCCUCUUACACUAAACUGGUACGGUCAUUGGGUGGUUUAUGUUUGCUGAACAUAGUCUGUAUAAUCUGAAGACGUAUAAAUCUUACUUACUGCCUUUCAA